GUCUAACAACGACACUAUUGUACAUGUGAGCUUGCUGCUGCCGGGCCACCUCACUGACAACGACCUCACCGAGAAGGUGGGCUCGAAAACACGGAUCCGGGUGACUCAUUGCGCUGUUUGGGAGACUUUUUAAAAACUUUUUUUCUUUUUAAAGUAGUCGACCCGCGGUUCCUUAAACGACAAGUCCACGGUUGGUGGUGGAACAUUAACUCCGAGUCCGGCGGAGGAGCAUAAAUGAUCGCGGUCCCUCAGCCUGCCUCCACAGUGGGACGGACUUGGAUGUGAGUCAGGAGCUCCGAUGCGACAGUGAAGAUCUACAACCCACCACACACACGGCAACAUGAGUAAGAAAGUAUGUGGGACCAACUACCCGCUCAGCAUCUGCUUCAUCGUGGUGAAUGAGUUCUGCGAACGCUUCUCCUACUAUGGCAUGAAAGCGUUGCUGACUCUUUACUUCCUCACCUACCUGCACUGGGACAAGGACCUGUCCACCGCUGUCUACCAUGCCUUCAGCGGCCUCUGCUACUUCACGCCCAUACUGGGAGCUAUCAUCGCCGACUCCUGGCUCGGAAAAUACAAGACCAUCAUCUACCUGUCCAUCGUCUACGUGAUCGGCCAUGUGGUCAAGUCGGUCGGAGCCAUCCCCACUGUGGGGAACACCGAUGUGCACAUUGCUCUGUCCAUGGUUGGGCUGAUACUCAUCGCCUUCGGCACCGGAGGGAUCAAACCCUGCGUGGCAGCGUUUGGAGGAGACCAGUUUGACGAGGAGCAUACCAGCGAGAGGCAGAAAUUCUUCUCCAUUUUCUACAUGUCGAUCAACGCUGGCAGCCUGAUGUCCACUGUGAUCACACCCAUCCUGAGAAGUGAUGUGCAGUGUUUCGGUGGGGACUGCUACGCUCUGGCCUUCGGAGUUCCUGCAGCUCUGAUGAUUGUGGCCUUAGUUGUGUUCAUCGCUGGCAGCAGCCUGUACAAGAGGAGUCCUCCCGAGGGAAACAUCCUGCUGGAAGUCUGCGGUUGCAUAGGCUUUGCCAUCAGAAACCGCUUGCAGAGAGCGAAGUAUGACACCCCGAGGAAGCACUGGCUGGACUGGGCUGAGGAGAAGUACUCGAAGCGUCUGAUCCAGGAGAUCAAGAUGGUGCUGCGGGUUCUGGUGCUCUACAUCCCGCUGCCAAUGUUCUGGGCUCUGUUCGAUCAGCAGGGUUCUCGCUGGACAAUUCAAGCUGCCAGGAUGAACAUGGCUUUUGGGAACUCCUUCAGCAUCAAGCCUGACCAGAUGCAGAUGCUGAAUGCCCUGCUGAUUCUUGUCUUCGUGCCCAUCUUUGACCUCAUCAUAUAUCCGCUCGUCCGCUUUUGCAGGAUCAACAUCACGCCUCUCAGGAAAAUGGCGGCAGGGAUGAUUUUUGCAGCGCUUGCCUUCGGAGCGGCCACGCUGGUGGAGGUGAACGUGGUGAAAACAGUGGUGGACCCUGCACCUGAGGGGAGCUAUCUCAUGCAGGUCUAUAACCUGGCAGGAGGCAACGUCACUGUGAGGACACCCGGCAGCAACUUGUUUCCAGAGCAGAUCCCACCCCUUCAGGACCCUCCUGAAUAUGUGACUCUUCCAGUGGUGGGCUCCAGCCAGGAACAGAUGAUGGAGGUCACCUUGAAUGGAAAUACAUCAGAGUGUCAAUAUACGGUUGAGCAACAGAAGGCCUACAGUCUCAUCUUAUACUCUGAUGCUGCUACGGUCCACUGCAAACUGGUGGAAGACUUCAUAUUGAAAAAUCAAACUGGAGAUCCUUAUCUGAGGUUCUACAACACACUGCCAGAGUCAAUAAGCCUCACUGUUGGAGAUGUGAAGUUCACUGUGCCCUCUGGUCACAUGUCCCCCAACCAAACUGUGAAUCGAGGAGAAUAUAGAGACGUCAGCUGCAGCAUACGGUCAAAGGCAUGCUCUAAUCUCAACCUGGGCCUGCUGGACUUUGGAGGCUCCUACACUGUCAUACUGAUGGAGGACUCGGGUAACAUUGUGAUGUACAAGAUGGAGGAUGUGAGAGCCAACAACGUGCACAUCGCCUGGCAGAUCCCCCAGUACGCCCUCAUCACCAUGGGAGAGGUCCUGUUCUCCAUCACCGGCCUGGAGUUCUCCUACUCACAGGCUCCAGCCAACAUGAAGUCAGUCCUGCAGGGCGGCUGGCUGCUCACCGUUGCCUUUGGGAACGUGAUAGUGCUGAUUGUGGCGGAGGGAGCCGGACUGGAACAGUGGAAGGAGUUCCUGCUGUUCGCGUGCCUGCUGCUGGGCGUCUGCAUCAUCUUCUCCAUCAUGGCUCACUUCUACAAAUACGUCGACCCGGACCAGCUGGACAAGGUCUACAUGGUGGAUUCAAGUAAGGAGGAAGACGACGACCACGACGACAAGAAGCAGAACAAAUCUAAUGACAUACACCUGGUCAAAGCAGGACAGGGCACCCGACUGUAACUGUGCCACAGCGCACACGCCAUCCUCACUGCUGUAGCUGAUGUGAUUUAGCUCCAACAGUCCAAUCAUUGGAUGACUUAUGAGAAGAUUUCACAUUUUAUUUCGGUCCCCGUUUUUUUAAGGUUUUCAUUCGAAGAUACCUUUAUUUGUGAUAAUGUAGCGCUACGAUGCGGAUGACGUUAGAAGUCCGGUAUUUGUUUUUCAUCUCAUUGAAUUUAUUGUAUUUGAAACCUUUUGAACACUCCAGUCACAGUAUUUUCUAAAUGAGACAUGAAACGAUGAAUAAUGUGAUUUAACACACCAUGAUCAAUAGUGUUAUUACAAAAUGAAUGUCAAACAUGACACGCUGUAGAUAUUUGUUGUGUAUAAACUCCAUGUCAAAAUUGCAUAUUUUUUCUAUGAGACUGAUAUAACUUUACACUUUACAGUCCUGAAGUCAGUCUCUAAAAUCAUUUAUAUGUUUAUAUUGAACGCGUCACAGUGGACUUUUGUGACCUUGGUAUUUUAUCAGUGUUGAUCGGUGGGGCAUUAGCAACUCAAUCCCAAUCUUUCUGUGCAGGAAACGACCAAAUUAAUAUCAUUAAUUUGAGGUUUGAUAAAAGUCGAAGACAAGGCGCAGGUAACUGAGGUAUUCUCUCUUUGCAGUUCAAGUCUCUUGAAACUGUGCUUAGUUGUAGUUAGCAGGUGGAAAACAAAUCUGAAAGCUUCAAGAAAUAGUCAGCAGUAUUGUUUUAUGAGAUCUGUUUUUAUCUGCCAAAACAUACAAAACUGACAGUUUGGUCCUUUAAAGUCAUGAAAUGGUUGUUUUAUUUAGAGAAAGUGUGAAUGAUGCUGCUCCCUAUAAACUUCUGUAAAUAGACGUGUGUGAAGCUGAAACUUGUUUUUUGUGCUGUUUGAAAUUUUUAAGAAUAUUAAAAGAUGAAUGGUCA